CCCAUAAAUACUCCUUGCACUCCAAAAUCACCCCCGGGGACCCCCUAGAUGCUGUCAGGAUUCUUGGGAUACCCCAAAUCACCUCCAGGUUCCUCCCAAAUCCAACCCCUCCCAAGGACCCAGAAACCCCCAGGGAACCCCGAAAUCCCUCCAGGGAUCCCCCCCAACUACCCUUGAUUCUCUUCCUCCCUCUUGGAACACCCAAAGCUUUCUGGACCCCUCUGAAAAUCCAUUUGGGUCCCUCAGUUCUACCCCGGACCACACAAGUCCCACCCUGAGCAUCCCAAAUACUUUCAGCCCCCCCCAGUCCUAUUCCAAGCUCCCCAAAUUCCAUCUGCAGACCCAAAUAUACUCCUCUACACCCCCACAAAUCCUAUCUUGGGACCCCAAAUUCCCUUGUAGAUUUGGCUCCUGUCCUAUCUUAAUGCUAUUCCUGCAUCCCCCAAGCCCUCCUUGGUCCCCCAAAACCUAUUCAAGAUCCCUUAGCCCUCUCCUGGGCCCCCAAAUUCCCCCGAGGGCCCCCAAAAUCCCCUUGUGAUCCCCCAAUUCUAUCCCAGGCCCUCUAAACUCCAACUUGGGCUUCCCUAAAUUCCACCUGGUGACCUCCAGAUCCUACCUGGGGACCCUCCAAUCCUAUCCUGGCCCUGCCCAAUCCCACCUGAGGGCCUCCAAAUCCACUCAGAACCUCCCAAUCCCAUCCUGGGCACUCCAAAUCCUCCUGGGGGGCCCCCAGAAUCCCUCUGGGACCCCCCAAAUUCAAUCCCAAAUCCCCUAAACUCCACCUUGGACCCCCUCAAAUCCCAUAUUGGGCCCACUGAACACCAUCAGGAUCCCCCCAUCCUGUCCUGGACCCCCCAAACCCCCUUCUUCCCAUUUCAGGGUCGCAUCGCCUGCGCCAACGUCCUGAGUGACCUGUACGCCAUGGGGGUCACUGAGUGUGACAAUGUCCUGAUGCUGCUGAGUGUCAGCCAGCGCAUGACCGAGGAGGAGAGGGACAAGGUGAUGCCGCUGAUCAUCCAGGGGUUCCGGGACGCAGCCGAGGACGGGGGGACAUCGGUGACAGGGGGACAGACGGUGCUCAACCCCUGGGUCAUUGUGGGGGGCGUGGCCACUGCUGUUUGUCAAUCAAGUGAAUUCAUCAUGUGAGUGAAAGGGGGUGGGGCCACUGCUGUCAA